ACCAACAUUUUUGCGAUAUUCAUAGUGCCUCCACAUCUGUGCUAGUCAUAGAUUGGUUCUGUAAUCCCUGAAUUAUUUGUGAUGUAAAAAUGGCGGCUGUGGUAUUGCAGUGUACUUUACAAGCUGCAAAGCACCAAGUUGGUGCUGCAGCAAGCAUCACUUGCCUUCAUGCAACAUAUUCCACUGAUGUCCGAACCAUAAGAAAUCCAAGUUUAUCUGCACUUAAAAGAGGCACAGGUGGACGAUCGAGUUUCAAUGGCAUUGUUGCAACUGUAUUUGGAGCAACCGGUUUUCUAGGUCGUUAUGUCUGUAAUCGUCUUGGAAAAAUAGGAACUCAGAUGAUUUUACCAUACCGUGGUGAUCACUAUGAUGCUCUUCGUCUGAAACUGGUUGGUGAUUUGGGUCAAGUGUUGUUUGCACCAUAUGAUUUACGGGAUGAAGAAUCAAUUAAAAAAGCAAUUCGGUAUUCCAAUGUUGUGAUCAACUUGGUUGGACGUGACUGGGAAACCAAAAACUUCACAUUUGAUGAUGUGCAUGUAAAAGGAGCAAGAACUCUUGCUCGAUUAGCUAAGGAAGCAGGAGUCGAAAAAUUUAUCCAUGUGUCAGCGCUGAAUGCUACCAGCAACCCAAAGCCUAUUAUUAUCAAGACUGGUUCCAAAUUUUUGAGAAGCAAGUACUACGGAGAACUUGCUGUGAAGGAAGAAUUUCCAGAAGCUAUAAUCAUAAAACCAGCCAUAAUAUAUGGACAAGAAGAUCGCUUCCUUCGUUCGUAUACUAAAUUCUUGCGCCACCAGAUGAGAGCUGUACCACUCUGGCAGAAGGGGGAGCAGACAGUAAAGCAGCCUGUCUUUGUGUCCGAUGUAGCAGCAGCAAUUGUGAAUGCUGUCAAGGAUCCAGAUACUGUUGGCAAGACAUACCAAGCUGUAGGGCCCAGGCGUUACCUUCUGGGAGAUCUUGUUGACUGGUUCUUUGCAGUAAUGCGCAAGGAUAGUAAAUGGGGUUACUACCGGUAUGACAUGCGGUUUGACCCUAUAUUCUUAGCCAAGACGUGGUGCAUACAGAAUAUAUCACCUUCGUGGCCUAUUGGUCUUCUGCACUUUGAAGGACUAGAAUUGCAACAUACAACUGACACUGUCCUUCCUGGAGUACCAACACUAGAAGAUCUGGGGGUGACACUUACGAAGAUGGAAGAUCAGGUGCCAUGGGAGUUGAGACCAUGGCGUGCAGGUGCUUACUAUGAUGAAGAGCUGGGAGAAUUUGAAAAGCCACCUCCACCAAAAGAAGCACUUGUAUAGACACAAAGCAGUAUAUUUAUGAUAAGUACAUAAGAUAAAAUGAUUGCCAGUGUUGUAUAUGACAAGAGGUCUGUUAGGUUAAUGAAGUAGACACACUGCUCUACAUUAUAAAUAUCUCUGUAUAAAAGAAGUAUUGUGUUGAAAAUACUUAUGUAUAAAUUAUUAAUAAAAAUAAGAUUUAAGAUAAAAUAUA